AUGAAACUCAGCGUUUUCUUGUCCGUCGCCAUCAUCGCCACGAGCGUCAGCGCAGGCAGCCACGGCUGGAGCCGCCCCAAACACCUGGACAAGAUACCCCAAGACAAGGGCCUACCCCUUCAUCAAAUUCCUGAGUGCUGGCAGGGCUGCUUCCAGUCCACGAACCACGCCUACGGCGGCGGCGACUUCAACACAAUCAGCCAAAGGGACUUUUGCGAGGACAAGUGGGCGCAUCUUCGCUCCUGGGCCAAGACGUGGGGUCACACCUGCGGCAUGAUCGAGUGCAAAGACAAGGAGGACGGCUAUCGAAUGGUCCGCUGGUAUAACUCCAUAUGUAUGAUUUGA